AUGGCGAUGGAGCUCAAGGACCUGGCCCCUCUACUGCUCAAGACCGAGCGCGCCAAUGGGGACAUCGACCCCACCGUGCUCACCAACAUCCUGCGCGGUGGCAAAGCCACCAACGACCGGCGCAAGGAGCUGCUGCAGGUCAUCGAGCGCCACCCCGUGCUCUCGGACCGCGACAUGAUGUACCGCAACCACGACGAGCGCUACAACUUCGGCAUCAAGAAGGCCUUCAACUACAUCAAGCUGCUGCAAGAGGGCGGCUACACGGACUCCGCGGACCAGCAGAUCCUGUACUCGGCCAUGGGGGAGCCCACGGCCAUCGAGGUGCACCGCUCCAUGUUCGUGCCGACGCUGGAGAACCAGGGCGACGACGCGCAGCGCGCCAAGUGGCUACCGCUGGCCAAGAGCUACAAGAUCCUCGGCGCCUACGCGCAGACAGAGCUCGGCCACGGCUCCAACGUGCAGGGCAUCGAGACCGUCGCCACGUACGACAAGGCCACGCAGGAGUUCGUCAUCGACUCGCCCACGCUCACGAGCCGCAAGUGGUGGCCCGGCGGUCUGGGCAAGACGGCCAACCACGCCAUCGUGCACGCGCGGCUGUUCCUGGACGGGGAGGACGUGGGUGUGCAGGCGUUCCUGGUGCAGCUCCGGUCGCUGGAGGACCACCAGCCUCUGCCGGGCAUUGAGGUCGGCGACAUUGGGCCCAAGGUCGGCUUCCAGCCAAUUGACAACGGCUACUGCGCGUUCCACAAGGUGCGCGUUCCGAGGGAGAACAUGAUGAUGCGGUACGCCAAGGUUUUGCCUGAUGGGACGUUCGUGAAGCCCAAGAGCGACAAGUUGGUGUACCUGACCAUGGUGCAGAUCCGCGCGUACUUGAUCCGUUCACUUGGACAGGGUAUGGGCAUGGCUACGACUAUCACGACGCGCUACAGUGCCGCGCGCGUGCAAGGUCGCAAGGCUCCGGGCGCUGCCAAGGGCGAGUUCCAGGUCUUGGACUACCAGAACCAGCAGCACGCACUGUUCCCGUACAUCGCCAUCUCGUACGCCGGGUUCUUCGCCGGCACGGGCCUCAUCGGCAUGCACGACUCGGCCCUGGCCAUUGCGUGGUUGGCCAACCACGUGAGCGACGGCAUUGAGAACUGCCGCCGUCUCUGCGGCGGACAUGGCUUCACGCACUCGAGCAACCUGGGCCACCUAUUCGCCGAGACUGUGGGCGCCUGCACGUACGAGGGCACGUUCGACGUACUUGUGAACCAGCACGGCCGCUACUUGUUGAAGGCGCUGCUCAGCGGCAACCACCUCCCGGACAGUCCUACGGCCUUCCUGGCUGAUGCUAAGGCCCACGCCAACCCGAGUCUGCGAUGCAAGGCCCAGUCGCCCCAAGACUUCGCCAACCUGGAGCUUCUACUCGAGGCCUUCCGUGUCCGUGCGAGCCGCGCGGUGUUGACCCUUGCGUCCGAGAUGAAGGCCAACAAGAACGACGCCAACGCCUGCAUGGUGCAGCUCACGCGCGCGUCGACGGCCCACGCUGAGCUCCUGCUGCUCGAGGCGUUCGUGAACGGUCUGAGCUCGAUUCCGGCCGGUAAGGAGCGUCAGGCCGUGACGCACCUGUGCGAGCUCUUCGGAGCCUGGUUGAUCACCAAGACGCUCGGCGACUUCCGUGAGGACGACUACAUCUCGUCCAAGCAGGCCGCCAUGGCUCGUCGCCAGCUCGUCAGUCUGCUGCCCGUUAUCCGCAAGAACUGCGUGCUGUUGACGGACGCCUGGGACUUCACGGACUUUGAGCUCAACUCGACCAUCGGCCGAUACGACGGCGACGUCUACCGCGCGUUGGUGCGUCGUGCUCAGGAUGAACCUCUGAACAAGACGCAGGUGCCCGAGUGCUACGAGCAGUUCCUCAAGCCGCUGUUGCAGUCGACCCUGUAG